AUGGCACUAACUAACGCACUCAACGAUAGCCCGCCGCCUCGAAAACGCGCUCGCCAGACUUGCGACGACAAAUCCGAUCACCAGGCAACAAAUCCGCGACUCUUCGUGCCAUUUCGAGCUCUUGGUCUUGUAACCAACCAUGUACCAUGCGUUCUUCAGACUCGAUCUUUUAAGGGGGCUACGGAAGGCCCCCGGGUUCAUAUUCUAACGUGCUUGGAUAAAUCUUGGGCACUAUGGGAGGGCGGAAAGAUGACUUUGCUAUUCGUCGGCCCGGAGGCUCCUGCCCCAAUCUCCAGCCUUACAAUGGAAGGCGACUUUAUCUGGGCUACAUCUGGACGAUACAUCAUAAAAUAUCUACGAGGGAAAGAGGUCAGUUUACUUACCAAUCCCCUCGACACAACACUAUCCUUUACCACAAUAUUUGGCCCUCAAGUUAUAUCAUUGCUGGAAGAUGGCUCUAGGAUGAUGAUAUGGAACAGCACAAGUGGAGAACUUGAAUCUGAAAUUCGCUUCGAGUCGGAUUUCUCGGCCUCUGGGAUUCUACACCCUGCCACUUACAUCAACAAAAUCCUAGUGUCCAGUCGUCAAGGAACAAUGCAACUAUGGAAUACACGCACACAGACUUGCAUCUAUAAAUUUACUUUAUCCAAGCUUUGUUCCAGUCCAACGACAGGUGGUCCUACGUCUAUCAGUGCUCUUACCCAGUCCCCAGCUAUUGAUGUUGUUGGUAUUGGCUUCUCGUCUGGAGAGAUAUCUGUUUAUGAUGUCCGCGCCGAUGAACGUCUUAUUCGAAUAUUUAUGGACGGAGGGCAAGUCACUGCGCUCGGCUUCCGAAGUGACGGACAACCAAUCCUUGUAUCUGCCUCGUCGGCAGGCCACCUCGCUGUGUGGGAUCUGAACUCGGGUGGCACCCUCCUCCACAUGAUUCGGGGCGCCCAUGAGGCUGCUAUAAACUCCGUUGAAUGGAUUCCCGGACAACCUGUCUUGGUCACUUCCAGUGAGGAUAACAGUGUCAAGCAAUGGUUGUUUGACUCGCCCGAUGCUGCACCUCGGGUACUAAAAUACCGCGCUGGCCACCGUGCUCCUCCCCAUCUCAUCCGUUAUUAUGGUGACGAUGGAAAGCAGCUUCUCACAGCUUCUGGCGAUCGAAGCUUACGGUGCACCUCGGUUGUUCGUGAUUCUCGAUCUUUCGAGUUGUCCCAAGGGUCUCUGGCUAAGAAGGCUGCGUCAAGAUCAACACCUCUUUCGUCACUGAAGUUUCCCCCAAUCACAGCGAUAUCACAUUCAUCUACGCGAGCGAAGGAUUGGGACGACGUUAUAACCGCUCACUCUGAAGACGCCUUUGCCAGAACUUGGACCUUGCCAUCUAAACGAACUGGGAAACAUAGUUUCAAAGCGCAGGAUGGUGUCAAACUGAAAACAAAAGGGAAAGAACCUGUAGAUGCUUACGUCAAGAGUGUUUGUGUUACAGCUUGUGGUAACUUCGGCCUUGUUGGCUCCUCCACUGGUGGCAUCUCGAUGUGGAACAUGCAGUCUGGUAUCCUCCGAAGGACAUUUACCGUCGGGCCAUGUCCCCCUGAAGUGAUGGGCAGACUGCAUGCCUCUGACACUGAAAAGAAGGUUGUUCCUCGACCUAUUACUGGCUUGGCAACAGAUGCUCUCAAUCAAUUAGUACUUGUGAGUACACUGGAUGGUACUAUAAACUUCUUCAACUUUCACUUAGCCAAGUUGGAACAUACUCUGAUAUUACCCUCAGCUACAUCCUCGAUUUCUUUACAUCGAGAUAGUGGCUUGUUGGCAGUUGUAUGUGAGGACAUGGUCAUCCGUAUCAUCGACAUAGAAACUCGCCGCAUCGUCAGAGAGCUCAGCGGAUUCAAAUCACGAAUCCUAGACAUUGCUUUCUCCCCCGACUCACGCUGGCUAGUUGCCUCAUCCCUCGAUUCUAUCAUUCGGACAUUCGACCUUCCAUCCGGGUGUCUGAUUGAUGCCUUCCGCACCUCGAGCGUAGCAACAAGCCUGGCGUUCUCCCCAACCAACGAUUUCUUGGCCACAUCACAUAUCGAUAGCGUUGGAGUCUAUCUAUGGGCGAAUCGCGCACAAUACGCCGAUGUGGCCCUCAAAAGCAUUCAGGAGGUAGAUGUAUCAGACGCCUCGUUACCUACUAUGCAUGGUACCGCUGAAGACGAUGAAGUCCUGCAUGGACUAUCGGCGUUGACCACAGAAGACAAGCCAAUUGAUCCUUUCGCUACGCCAACUCAACUCGACGGCGACUUGAUUACGCUUACAUUACUCCCUCGUUCACGUUGGCAAACACUUCUUAAUCUGGAGGUGAUACAGCAAAGGAAUAAACCCAAAGAACCCCCAAAGGCUCCAGAGCAGGCACCAUUCUUCCUGCCCACCCUUCCUGGUGUUGAACCGCGGUUUGCGGUAGAGGACAAGGCCACGGGGGACCAGCAAACCGAAAAAUCGCGGCGUCUCGAGAAGAGCACGGCGCACCUUGAGAGUCACUUCUACAAGAAGCUGACUCGCGAAAAGGAGGAUGGUGACUAUGAAUCAUUCUUCAACUACAUGAAAACGCUCAGUCCUGCGGCGAUUGACCUGGAGUUGCGAUCCCUCGUCACGAUUCCAGCGAUCCGCGUAUUCCUCAACGCACUCAGGCAGCGGUUAUUAUCCCAUCGUGACUUCGAGGCCACACAGACAUUCCUGAGCGUAUUCCUCCAAAUCCAUUCGGACGUCCUGAUAGCCAAUUCAGAACUCCACGGUGAAUUGGAAAAGCUCAAAGAGAUACAACAAAAAGAGAGUGGCCGAGUACUCGAGCUCAUAUCAUCCUGUCUAGGGACUCUCAGUUUCUUGAGAGACAACAUGUAA